ACAGACGCACCUACGUAGCUCACCGGACGCACCGGACGCACCGGACCCACCGCUCUCGUGACAGCUCCAUUCAGCUCCAUUCAGCCGGACUCCGCGCUCUUUUGUGUCUUUUCUGUCGCUUGUGUCCCGGUUUGUCUCUGCUGAAAGGUGCUUUGGGACCCUGCACGGUCAUGGCGGAUGACUUGGCCAAAGGUGUGGAAACGGUGUCUGUGGGAGAGCUGUACGUGUCGGACAAAUGCGGGAGUGACCAGGAUGGAGAGGGCACAGAGCAGAAGCCUUUUAAGACCACUCUGAAGGCUCUGCUUUUCGCUGGGAAGGAGCCUUUUCCCACCAUCUUUGUGGACUCUCAGAAGGAGGGAGAGCGAUGGGCAGUGAUUUCUAAAACCCAGAUGAAAAAUGCAAAGAAGGCUUUUAACCGCGAGCAGGCCAAGAGCAACAGCAAAGAGAAGAAAGAGGCAGAGGACAAUGAGAGAAGAGAGAAAAACCUAGAGGACGCCAAAAAGAUCCUCAUUGAGAAUGACCCCAGUCUCCCCGAGCCUCACAUGGUGAAGAUCCAUCAGCUGGAGGAGAGGCGAGGCAGCAGGGUGAAGGUGUUUGGGUGGGUCCAUCGUCUGCGGAGACAAGGGAAGAACCUCAUGUUCCUGGUGCUCCGUGAUGGCACAGGCUUCUUGCAGUGUGUCUUGUCAGACAAACUGUGUCAGUGCUACAAUGGACUGGUGUUGUCCACAGAGAGCACAGUGGCUCUGUACGGCACCGUCACACCAGUCCCCGAGGGCAAACAGGCCCCUGGAGGCCACGAGCUGCACUGUGACUUCUGGGAGCUGAUUGGGCUGUCUCCAGCAGGGGGCGCUGAUAACCUGCUGAACGAGGAGUCUGACGUGGACGUGCAGCUGAACAACAGGCACAUGCUCAUCCGCGGAGAGAACGUGUCCAAGAUCCUUAGGGUGAGGUCCACAGUCACCCAGUGCUUCAGGGAGCACUUCUUCAGCCGUGGUUACUAUGAGAUCACCCCUCCCACCCUGGUGCAGACGCAGGUGGAGGGUGGCUCCACCCUCUUUGGCCUGAAUUACUUUGGGGAGCAGGCCUAUCUGACGCAGUCCUCUCAGCUGUACCUGGAAACUUGUAUUCCUGCGCUGGGAGAUACCUUUUGUAUCGCCCAGUCCUACCGUGCUGAGCAGUCCCGCACCCGCAGACACCUGGCUGAGUACACCCACAUUGAGGCCGAGUGUCCCUUCAUUACAUUCGAGGACCUGCUGCAGCGGCUGGAGGAUUUGGUGUGUGAUGUGGUGGACAGAGUGCUCCAGUCUCCUGCAGGAGAUCUGCUCUACGACAUCAACCCUGACUUCAAACCGCCUAAGCGUCCCUUCAAAAGAAUGAACUACAGCGAGGCCAUCGAGUGGCUGCGAGAACACGACGUCAAGAAGGACGAUGGCUCCUACUAUGAGUUUGGAGAGGACAUCCCAGAGGCUCCAGAGAGGCUGAUGACAGACUCCAUCAAUGAGACCAUCUUGCUUUGCCGCUUCCCCGCUGAGAUCAAAUCCUUCUACAUGCAACGCUGCUCCGACGACCGCCGCCUCACGGAAUCUGUGGAUGUUUUGAUGCCAAACGUGGGGGAGAUCGUUGGGGGGUCCAUGCGUAUCUGGAACAGCGAGGAGCUUCUGGAGGGCUACAAGAGAGAGGGCAUCGACCCCACGCCCUACUACUGGUACACUGACCAGAGGAAGUAUGGCACAUGCCCUCACGGAGGCUAUGGUCUGGGUCUGGAGCGCUUCCUCACCUGGCUCCUAAACAGACACCACAUCAGAGACGUGUGCUUGUAUCCACGCUUUAUCCAGCGCUGCCGGCCCUGAGGCUGCUCCUACUUUACACACACAGCCCCUGUAACUGCAGUGCUUCAUCCAGUGCUGUGAGUCCCCAACCCCCAUCGACCACACUGCAGCUCCUCCCCAGGCUCCUCUCCUCUAGUGUCUUACCCCUCUGCGGUCUCUUAGUACCAUGAGUACACUGUACUGUACAGCAUUGGCUUUGUCUAAAUCUAUCAUGUUCUGUGAAGGUUCAAUAAACUAUCAAAAUCUA